AUGGUUGCAGUACCCAAGAAGCAAAGCGCUGGCCGCAAGAAGAUUCCCAUAAGAAAAAUCACCACUAAGAGUAACCUCCAAGUCUCCUUCUCCAAACGCCGCGCUGGUCUCUUCAAGAAAGCCGCCGAACUCUGCAUUCUCUGCGGCGCCGAGAUCGCUGUCAUUGUCACGUCUCCCGGAAACAAGUUCUUCUCCUUCGGCCACCCCAGUGUCGAUGCCGUUGUCAACCGCUACACCACCGGACGGGUUUCGUCAUCGGAGCAGGCCUCCGCCGUCCAGUUUCCGACGGCAGGGUACAAUCAGAGCGAUGCGGAGGCGUGCAGGGAGUUGGGGGAGCACAGGAAGCAGGCGGCAAUUAUCGUAGAAUCGAAGGCGGCAGUUUAUAGCGACGGGCGGUGGCGGUGGCGGCAGCAGCGGCGGAGGAUUCUGGUGGAACAGGCCUAUUGA